GCGAAGAAUCGUGUAACUCAAAGGACAAUGUAUGAGAAAAAGUCAUAUUCCUAUUGCUCUAGGACAAAAUUAAUACGAGGUGAUCAUCGGGGUCCUUUAUUUCCAAAUCCACAUUCAUCGACAUUUAAUGAUGCGAUAAAUUUAAUUCAAGUAAAUGUAGGUAAUCUAGUUAGAUUAGCUCAUGUUGCAGCUGGACCAAUACCACCAUCAAAGAAUUAUGAAUUUCUGCAAUAG